AUGGAGAACAUCAAGGCACCAGAUAAGCUUGAUGUGAACGCCAACAAUUUAGCAUUGGUGUGGAAGAGGUGGAAAGAAGAGUUGACACUUUAUACAGAGCUAGUGUUAACAGAAACACAAGAAAACAAGAAAUGCAAAUUAUUUCUAUAUCUCAUCGGGAAAGAAGGAAGAGAGAUAUAUGAAACAAUGAAAUUUGAGAAAGAAGAGAAAGAUCUCAAGUUGGAAGACUUAAUUAAAGCUUUUGAUGAUCACUGCAACCCAAAGAAGAAUGAAACAGUAGAGAGAUACAAAUUCUUCACUAGAAAUCAAGAACCACAUGAAGGACUUGACAAGUACAUAACAGAUUUAAAAGUUCUUGCAGCAACAUGUAAUUUCAGUACUUUACAUGACUCUCUCAUCAGAGACAGACUGGUUUGUGGUAUUGGUGACACCAGACUCAGAGAAAGACUAUUGAGAGAAACAGAUUUAAAUUUAGACAAGUGUCUCCAGAUCUGCAGAGCUUCUGAACUGUCUAAAGAGAGAAUCCGAACUAUAGAAGCCCCUGUAGUUGUCCAUGCAGUGAGACAGUCACAUGAUAAAGCACAGAAGUCAUACAAGAAGACAUCUAGUGUUUCGCUACAGAGUUGCAAAUACUGUGGCAAGAAACAUGACCACGAUAAAAACAAGUGUCCUGCCUAUAGAAAGCAAUGCCAUAACUGCAAAAAGAUGAAUCACUUUGCCUCACAGUGCAUGCAGAGUAAGCGCAAACAGAAAGCAGUGUAUAAUAUAGCAGAAUACAGUGACAAUGAGUGUGAGGAAAUACAGUUAGUCACCUUAUCACCAGAAAACGAAUAUGUCAAUAGAGUGACUGAGAGCAGUUUUCCCAAGCAGAUACAUGCUACAAUGAGCAUUAAUAAGAGACCAGUCAAGUUUCAGCUUGAUUUGGGAGCAUCAUGCAACAUCAUUCCAUUAAAGGAACUAGGCAAUGUGAAUGAUUACAAAUUCAUAAAGACAGAUAGAGUACUAGUGAUGUACAACAAGGCAACGAUGAAGCCUAAGGGACAGACCAAAGUCAAAAUGGUCAACCCAAAGAAUGGAAAGAAAUACAGAGCAGAGUUUGUAGUAGUUGACGAUGAGACAAGCAUACCGUUACUAGGAAGUAGAGCUAUUCAACAAAUGGGACUAGUUAAGGUACAACACGAACAAAUCAUGGUUGUUAAUGACAAACCAACAGCCAAGAUGAGACUAUCAGUACACCGAACUGACAAGAAAACUGAUAUGAAGCCAGUGUCAGUAGAGCAAAUAGUCAAAGAGUUCCCAGACGUCUUUGAAGGUACAGGUAAAUUAGCAGGAAAGUACCACCUUGAGUUAGACCCAAAUGUGCAACCAGUCAUUCAUCCUCCAAGGAAAGUACCUGUUGCAGUCAAAAGUCAGCUAAAGGAUGAACUAGAUAGACUGAUAGAAGAGAAAAUAAUAGCACCAGUUACAGAGCCGACACCCUGGGUGUCUAGUCUAGUAACAGUAAUCAAGCCAGGCAAAAUGAGAAUUUGCAUUGAUCCUCGUGACUUGAAUACAGCACUACGUAGAAGUCAUUACCCCUUCACCGACUAUAGAAGACAUAUUACCAGAGCUGAGCAAAGCUAA